UCCACCUGUUGGAGCCUCUCGCCACGAACCCGGCCUGCCGCCCCGGGAAACCGCUGGAGAAGCCAUUCCGCGUCCUACAGUCCAUGGCCUGUGUGAGCGGGUGACCCUGGCAGCAUGGCUUGCUGCGUGCUGCAGAUCGCCGGGCUGAUCUUGGGCGGCGCGGGCAUGGUGGGCACGCUGGCGGCCACCGCCAUGCCCCAGUGGAGGGUGUCUGCCUACGUGGAGGGCAACAUCGUGGUGUUCGAGAGCAUCUGGGAAGGGCUGUGGAUGGACUGCAUCAGCCAGCUGGGCCUCAGGCUGCAGUGCAAGUUCUACGACUCGCUGCUGGCGCUGCCGCCGCCGCUGGAGGCCUCGCGGGCCCUCAUGUGCCUGGCGGCGGCGCUGGCCGUGCCGGCCUUCCUGCUGGCCGUCACUGGGGUCAAGUACAGCCAGAGCCGCACGGAGGGGCCCGGGGCCGUCAGCGCCUUCGUCCUGGCGGCCGGGGCGGCCUUCCUGCUGACGGGCACGCUGGUGCUGGUCCCGGUGUCCUGGGCCGGGGGCAGCGUCGUCCGCGACUUCUACGACCCCGAGGUGCCGGCGCCGCUGAAGCGGGAGCUGGGGGCUGCGCUCUUCGUGGGCUGGGCCAGCGGUGCCCUGCUGCUGGCCGCAGGAGCCAUGUACUGCCUCUGCUGGUGCUGGGCCGGCCCGGCCGCCGGGCACAGCUACCCCCGGCUGGCCCGAGCGGCGCGGCCGCGAGCGCCGGCCCUGGCCAUCCAUGCCUACGUGUAGCUGCUGGCCCCGGCCACCGAGAGCUCUGGGCCGC